AUGUCUACAGCACAUAGGCCGACAUGGGAUCCUGCGCAAGCGAAGGACGUGAAGGGGGGCUCCCGACAGUUCUCCGUGCGCGACAUGGCCGCGCACACGAAGCUGAAGUUCCGCCAACCGGGCCAAACUUCCACAGCGGAAGUUGCGAAGCGCGACCUUCGGGCUGAGCUGAUCGAGGCGGAGGCUGCGGCGCGCGACCGCAAGCGCAAGGCAGAGGGAAGCCCCCGCUGGCGGAAGCUGCUUCAGGAUGCUUUGGAGCUGGACAAGGAUGACGACGAGGACGACGAGGACGAGGGAAAGGGUGGGGACGAGGAAAAGGGAGGGGGUGACGACGAGGAUGAUGACGACGACGACGAUGACGAAGAGGACGACACGGCCGAACUUCUACGCGAGCUGGAGAAGAUCAAACGCGAGCGUGCGGAAGAAAAGGAUCGACAAGAGCGCGAGCAGUCCGAGCUGUCGGCUGCAGAGCGCGACGCCGAGAUUGCGACCGCGAACCCGCUCCUCAAUCUUGCAGCCGCGCUCGGGCAAACGCCGAAUGGGGUAAACACGACGAAGCCAGGCACGUUCGCCGUGAAGCGGAGAUGGGACGAUGACCUCAUCUUCAAAAACCAGGCGAUGAGCUCGCGGGACAAAAACAAGGAGCCACAGUUCGUGAACGACCUGCUACGGACAGAGUUCCACAAAAAGUUCAUGUCGAAGUUCAUUAAGACCUUGAGCUUCAUAGUAAUGACCAAGGACUCCGUCACUGUACUAUCUUAUCGUUUCUCUGGUAUCGUAUGA